AUGCGUGGACGGUGGACUACACUUGCAGGAAUACUUAAUCGACAACAAGAAGACAAUCGACAACAAGAAGACAAUCGACAACAAGAAGACAAUCGACAACAACAGGACAAUCGACAACAACAGGACAAUCGACAACAAGACACUCAAGAGCUCAAAACAACCAGACAGCCGGCGGUAGCUCCUCAGUUUUGGUUGGCAGAUAGACGGAGGGUGGAUGCGAUCAAACCAGGAGAUCGGAAGCCUCCGAACGAACUCUGUAUUGCUACCAUGUACUCCCAAUACCCGAACAUAUCGCAAGACCAAAAUACGAUAACAAACAAGGAGUAA